AUGGCUUUCUACAAUCCCUUCCGGAAACACGAGACGCACAGUCACAACACCCUGCUUGUGUACCAGGUGCUGUCAGUCCUGUCCUGGGCUCUGGUUGCUAUCUCAGGCAUCUACUAUUCCGUCCACAAGCCUCACGACACCAAACAUGGCCACAGCAUCUGGAAACAAGCCGACAAGCACCCGACCCCGUUCUCGCAAAACACCACCAUCACCGGCAUCUACUGGAUCAUCCUGCUUCUGUCGCAGAUCAGCUAUCUCUGGCAUUUCUUCUCCAAGAACUCGGUGCUCAUCACCGCCGCCGCCAAUGUCGCCUCGCAUUUCAUCCUGAAUAACCUGCUGAUCUUUGCCUUUAUCAUGCUCUGGGUGCGCAGCUACUUCUGGCCCGCCGAGAUUAUCAUCAUCGUCCACCUGCUGAGCCAGUCGUCUGCCUACUGGACUCACCUGGGCUCUCCGCCAUUCGUACACUGGCCCGCCAUCGCCGGCCCCUAUGCCUGGGCCCUCACAGCGCUGUUUUGGAAUGGCGCUGUAGCUGUGCAUGCCCACAACCUGCCCUCGCGCAUUGUGGCCAAUGUGUUUAUCUGGCUGAUAUUCUUGAUUGGAUGGGUGCACAUUUUUGCCGCCAAGGAUUAUAUCUUUGGCUACUCGCUGAGCAUCCUGACUCUCUCACUCGCCGUCAAACAGCUCGCGGUCAAGGUCAUCGCCUUGCAGUGGAUCUUUGCCUUUGUCAUCUUCGCCGUCUUUCUUGUUGGCUCCUUGUACGUCUCGUCGGCAGCGUAUUCCGGGCGUGAUUUGUGGCUCAGACGAGUUGUUGCGCCGGAGUCAACGGCGGAUCGGGAGCGUGAGCCGUUGCUCAAUGAUGCUUAG